CUCAUGUUUGCUGCUGGGGGUCUCUAGGGGUCUCUGCCGUGUAUUAACCCAGAAACCGACAUCAUCUCCGGUCAUCUGAAUAUAAAUGAACGCCCAGCUUGUUUUCCCUUUGGAGCGCGUCCUCAUUUGCGUGUUUCCUGCCUCUGCUCGGGCUCAGUGUGUGUGCAGAUUUCCAUACAGGUGCGUCCUCAGCUCCAGUCUCAUUUGACUGUCAAACCAGGCGGCGGUGCUCCUUUUCUCCGCCCUGCGCAUCCCGCAUCCAGUCGCUACCAGAGAGGAGCGUAGGGGAGUGCCCUGCGCCGCGGACCGCCGACACACAGCCGCCUCCUCCUCCUCCUCCUCCUCCUCCUCUUCUUCUUCUUCUUCUUCUUCUUCCUCCUCCUGCACUGAAGCCGGACUCAUCUUCCGAAGGAACUCCUCCGAGCCCCGACUGUCAGCGGUUCUUCUCGCUGUUCAAGCCCAGUCUGCGUCCUCUAUCACCCGGCUGCACACGAAAUCGACCAGCGGUCCACUCCGGUAGGCCUGACGUAUCAUCAUGGAGGAGUUAGACGUCCCACAGAUGAGGAGAGAAGUGGAAAGCCUUCAGUAUCAGCUGGCAAUCAACAGAGAGAAAUCCUCCAUCACUGUCACUGAGCUGGUGAAGUGGAUCGAGGGUUGUGUCUGUGAAGAUCCGUUCCUGAACCCUGAGCUGAUGAGAGCCAACCCCUGGGUGGAGAAGGGCAAGUGUGUGAUCCUCUAAUGGUCACACACACACACACACACACAACACACAUGUGCACAAACAAAAAUCACGGAUGCAUAUAAACUAAACUAAAAAAAAAAAAAAAAAAAAAUCAUGCCCUCCCAUACACAGUCACGCUGCACUAACUCUGCACUCGCUCGCUCUCUCACACACACACACACACACAAACACACACACACACAGACACACACAUUAUUGCUAUUAUCUUGUUUAUUUAUUUGGAGACUCCUGAAUGCUGUUAAUUUAUGUGAAGAUUACCGUGUGUGUGAGUGUACAGCACUGAGUAGCUUUCUAGAGGUUUGUUUUGAUGGACUGCUGAGAAAUGUUCAACAACACAAUGUUUUUAUUGGCUCUUUACACUGUCAAUCAAAAAUAAAGACUCUUUUGAAUUUAA